UGCUGUGUUGGCCACGCAGAUAAAGGAUUUAAGUCUCUUAACUGCAUUUCAUUAUACUCCAUCUGAACAUCACUGAUUAAGCAAAAAUCUAGCAUCAGUAGAUCUAGAUCCGUACUCCCACUUCUCCCGCUUCCCUCUUCCUGCUUUCUAUUUUAGCAGGUUCUUCAAACUGUUAAGCGAUGUCAAGAAGACCCAAUGCUGCUCGCCGCAUUGGAGACGAUGUGAGCAUUCCUUUCGAUGGGGCAUUGCAUUCCACGGCCCAGACAUCUCCACUGUUAUCCAUUGGAAUUUUUGUUGUGGGAGCUUUGCUGGUUGUUGGUUAUUUUUAUCAUAGUUCAGGUAGCAGGAGUGAUGACAUAAGUAGUUUAAGCAGACUUGAAGGAGGUGUUUCGUGUUCUCUUGAAGUUCAGAAAAUAAUACCUAUUUUAAAGAAAACAUAUGGUGACAGCAUGAAAAAGAUAUUGCACAUUGGUCCUGAAACCUGCUCGGUGGUCUCUCAAAUAUUGAAACAAGUGGAUACAGAAGCCUGGGGUAUAGAGCCUUAUGAGUUAGAUGAUGCUGAUUCCAGCUGCAAGAGCCUUGUUCGCAAAGGCAGUGUGCGUGUGGCUGAUAUUAAGUUUCCCCUUCCGUACAGGCCCAAAACAUUUUCCCUAGUCAUAGUUUCAGAUGCACUGGAUUACUUGUCUCCUAAGUAUCUUAACAAGACUGUUCCACAGCUAGCGAGGGUAGCUUCUGAUGGCUUAGUUAUAUUAUCUGGUUACCCUGGUAAGCAAAGAGCUAAAGGGUCAGAGCUUUCAAAGUGGGGGCGCCCGGCAAAACUGCGGAGCUCAACUUGGUGGAUAAGGUUUUUUAUUCAAACCAGCUUAGAAGAGAAUGAAUCUGCGGUGAAGAAGUUUGAGCAAGCAGUAUCCAAGAACCCUUACAAGUCAGCCUGCCAAGUUUUUCAUGUCAAACCAUUGCAUUAAUCAUCUCACUGAACAAGGUAUUUUUUAUGGCACCAACGCAUAGGAGCACCUUUACUUCUUCAAAGUGUUAAAUUAAUUAUCAAGUGAGCAAAAUGUGUUAGUUAAUUUGGUUUGAUGUAAAAUAUUUGACCUAAUUAUUGAUUUAAAUUUUUGCUGGUCCGAUUUCUCAAUUAACAAAA